UGCCUGUCUGCUGGCUGCCGACACUUCGCUUCAGGCUCAGGUCAAGCGCCCCGCUCCAACCUCUCAGCGCGCCGACUCCCACCGGUUUCUUUCUUCCCAUCGCAGAUAUGAGGAGCGCCGUGGUCGCCGUUGCCACGGCGACGCUGUGCGUGAUGAUGGUUCACGCAGGUGUGAAGCCGCAGAAAGAUUUCAACCUGCAGAGGUUUGCAGGUAGAUGGUACCGCGUGGGCCUCGCCUACGACUCGCCGAGCUUUGCUCCAUACAGAGACAAGAUCAAGGCCUCCAUGGGCUUCAUCGCAGCGCUGCCAAACGGCAACGUUAACCUCACGAUGUGGGACGCCACUCCUGCAGGCUGUGUGGUUAAAACAUACCACUAUGAGAAGACUCCCGUGGCUGGACAGUUCACCUACUUCAGCACACGCCACAACAUGGUGAAGGACAUCACAGUGGUGGACACAAACUACACCGACUACGCUCUGGUCCUCAAACACAAGGUUUUUCACAGGGAGUACACACAGGUGGCUCUUUACGGCCGCGCUCAGCGGGUCCACAACGACGUGAUUCAGAGGUUCAAAGCCUUCGCCAUUUCCCGCGGUUUCCCCAAAGAGUCCAUCCUGACGCCGCCUCCAGCAGAUAAUUGCCCAGCAGCAGCAGCAGCUUCUGGUUAGGUUCUCGCACGUGCGUGAGGAGAAGGCGGCAGCGCGGACGCGAUCCGGCCCUCCGCCCCUCUCUGGGCAAAUAUAAGUGUUGCAAAUACUGAUGAUGGAAUAUAUAUAGAUCUGCAUGUUUCGUAGUGUUUUACAUCAUGGUCACUGCUCCGCUUUACGUAACGAGUAUUUCAAAAUUUGAUGGUUUUAGAUUAUUGCUGAUAUUUCACUGGUGCUCUAAGGUAAACAGUUUGGACAAUGUAGUGUUAUGAACCAUCACCUACACCUGGACCUGCUGUUUCACAGUGCUGAUAAUGAAUUAAACAUUCAGACUGGACGUUGGUGCGUGUGUGUUACAAGAUGUAAAUGACUGUUGUGUUCAGAAAAUGAUAUUUACAUUUUACACGUGAGCAUUACCACGCUAACGGUGCUUUCAAUGACAAGUGGAACAUUUUGGACACCUGAUAGAGAAAUGAACAUCCCAGUGCUAUAAACUCCAAACCUCCCACCUUCAGUCUUUCUCUGCAGAUUGUGUAAUGGUAAGAAAAAAAAAAACAUGGCUCUUUCUCACCAAUUUUGAAGUCACACUUUUCAAAAAGGUAAAUAUCUGAGUUUCCACCA